UGAUAUACAUCACAACAAAAAUUCACAAGUCAAUUGCUGUGGCGUGUCGCGCACGAAUCUUUGAGCAAUAAGCGUCCGUUCAACUUUCCGUACGACUUCACUCUCGUGAUUAGAGUAGUGAUAGGAAGUGGCGACAUUUUUCCAAGAGUCUAGAACCAUCGCGAUAGUUCGAACAAGCGGGAACGCCUGCAUCGGUGCGUGUCAUGUGUGUGCGCACGUCUGUGUUAUAAUCAUGGAUCCCGGAAUUCUUUCUAGACUGAUCCCUCAGAACAAGGAGCACAUACGACCUGCUUGCAAAAAAUGCGGAUACGCUGGACAUUUAACUUACCAAUGUCGCAAUUUUAUCAAGAUCGAUCCAAACAAGGAAAUCGUGUUAGACGUUAGUAGCACGAGUUCUGAUAGCGACGAAAAUUAUUUAACUCCGUUAACAGAAUUGCGGGAGCGUGAAUUGAAGAAGAAGCAGAAGGAAGCCAAGAAAAAACGUAAGGAGAAGAAGACCAAGAAAAAACGUAAGAAACGUGAGAAAUCUGAGAGCAGUGAUAGUGAAUCUGAAUCUGAAACGUCCAGUGAGGAGGAAAAGAAACACAAGCAUAAGAAAAAAAAGAAAAGCUCUAAACAUAAAAAACGUAAGAAGCAUAAGAAAGACAGUUCAUCUGAGAGCAAUGAGGACAGUGAUAAAAAAUGAAUUCAUUUCAAUUAUUAUAUAAUUUUUACUCAUAUCUUCUUCAUUGAAAGUGAUUCGUAAUGUAUCAUAUUUGCAUCAUCAUGUCUUUGUACAUUUUGUCAUACUUCUUUCAAGAGAGUAACGAAGGGGAAACAGUGACAUUGCCCUAUUGUAUCUAUUAACACUCAAAUUUACAAAUAAAACUAAUGUAAAUAAUUUUUUCAAGCAUACAUGUUUAUAAUAUCUCUAUGCCUAGGUUUUUCAGCGUAGAUUGUAUUCAUCUUACAAAAUGUUGGUUUUUAAUGCUCUUAUGUACUUUUUAUCAAUAAUAUCUUUCAGCUGCUAAUGUAA